AUGAGUUCAUUUGCUGUAUAUUCAGGGAUUCCUGGCAAGGCUGGAAUGCAGGGUAUUCCUGGCAUGAAAGGUGAAGCCGGACCAAUGGGCCCAACCGGAAUGAAAGGCGACAAAGGCAGCACGGGCUACCCAGGACAGAAAGGAGAGAUCGGUGCUGGUGGUAUACCAGGAAUGAAAGGUGACACUGGAAUUCCAGGAAAGGUUUGUAUUAAGAUCAAGUAU